AUGAAAUAUACUCGGCUUAUCAUGAUUAUAAUUAAUUCGGUGUUUUUCCUCAUUGGUCUUAUAAUGUUAAUAAUUGGUAUCUGUGCUUUAAUGAGCGCAAAAGUACAAAGAUUUGCUCCAUUAUUAAAUUCUAGUGUGAAAGUCAAUUCAGACCAAAUGUCCGAUAUGAGAAAGCUUAGCAUCGCUCUUAUUGUUAUUGGCAGUAUUCUUAUGGUGUUGGCUGUUGUUGGAUCUCUUGGUUUAUUCAAACUACUUAGACUUAUGCAUCUAAUUUAUGCUGCUGCUAUUGCAAUCAUCAUUUUGGCUGAAAUCGGUUUCAUGAUUUAUUUUGUUUCAUCUCUGGCACAAUUGAGUCGAAUAUUAUUACCAGAACUUAGAUUAUCAAUUGUAAAUGAUUAUACUGGAGUGGCAUUGAACGAAUCCAAUACAACAACAAUAAAUUCUGUAACUUCAUCAUGGAAUAUAAUUCAAAUUAAUCUGAAAUGUUGUGGCGCGUUAAAUAAAGGUGAUUAUAAUUCGACUAAAAAUUGGAAUCGUAUAAAUCCAUUUGAUCCUGAAGGUCCUUUAUUAAUGUAUCCUUUGACGUGUUGCCCCAUACAUGGAAAAACAACUUGGAACAAGUUACCGGUUGAUGAUCUACGUAAAGCACAAACCUGUGCUCUUUACGAUAAAGGUGUUUAUGAUAAGGGAUGUUACGAGAAAAUAUUAAAUUUAAUACGACAGUAUAGAGAUGGUAUGAUAUUCGGUGCUGUUGUUAUUAUUGUUAUUGAGCUAGUGGCAUUUAUUGUUGCCAUUAUAUUUUACCGCAGAAAAGCAGAAUACGCUCAACUAUAUUAA